GGCUUGUACCGCGUGCCUCCAUCUGCUCACAUCUUCCUCGCUUUCUCUUUGUAUCGCUUUUUGUUACAACCUCUCUGAGGCUUGCUACCUUUCGAUACAAUGGGAAACAAGAAGAAAAACAAGAAAGCAGCAGCAGCAGCAGUGACAGUAGCAGUGUCAGAUGAUGAUAAUAAUCAAAAUGGAUCAGCUGAGAAGUCUGAAGUUCCAAAAGCUGGUCCAAGUAGUACGACGCCUCUGUCACCUUCACCUGCAGCCACCACCCCAGUACCUGAACCCGAGCCUCAGGACGCGGAAGAGGACCCGAUCAAAGAUGCAGAAAAGAUUAAAGAAAAGGGAAACACGGCCUUCAAAGCAGGGAAUUAUCAAGAGGCCAUUGAGUGUUACACCAAAGCCAUCGGAAUGAACACAUCAGAACCAGCUUUCUUGACGAACAGAGCAGCAGCCUACAUGUCUAUCAAGAAGUUCAGACCAGCCUUAGAAGACUGUCAGCAAGCUGUUGUGCUUCAGGCUGCUUCCCCUUCAACGAAAACUCUUUUACGUUUGGCUCGAUGCCAGCUCGCAUUGGGUUCUGCUACUCCAGCAUCUUCAACUCUUAAAACCGUUCUAGACUUGGAACCUAAAAACCCGUCAGCUCUACAAUUCAAAACAAAAAUAUCAGAGUUAGAGAGUCACCUGAAGCGAUUCCAGGAGGCCAGAUCGAAAAAGGACUGGGGUAUGGCUAGGCUCGCAUUAGACAAGUGCUUUCGUACGAUUGAGGCAGAAGGGGACGAGAUUCCAUUGGAGUGGAAUACGUGGAGGAUUGAGUUGGAACUGUCAAAGGGAAAUAUUGAUGGUGCAAACACUGCAGCAAACGAAGCCCUCCGAUUGAAUCCCAAUUCUCCCGAGAAUCUUACCCUUCGUGGUCUCGUUCUUUUCCUAAACGGAAAGCUACCGCAGGCUCUUCAACACGUCUCGCAUGCGCUACGUCUUGAUCCAUCUUAUAUCCCUGCUCAGCGGCUACGGAAGAGGACGAAAGAAGUUGAGCGGCUGAAGGAGGAAGGAAAUCAACUUUUCAAAUCCUCGAAAUUGGAGGAAGCUGUCGCCAAAUAUGCUGAGGCUUUAGAGCUUGUAGGUAGUGAAGAGGAAGAGGGCAAGGGUGGUAACAUUCGAGCGACCUUACUGUCUAACCGGGCGACUACGCUUGUCAAACUUCAACGUUACCAAGAGGCCUUAGAGGACGUCGACGCCUCCAUCGAGCUCGUAUCGAAUUCAUUUAAAGCUCUACGCACCCGUGCUCGAAUUCAUCUCGCUUUGGAUAACUUUGAUAAGGCUGUGAUCGACUUUAAAUCUGCUAUCACGGAGGCACAUAAAGACGGCAGCACUAGCGACGCUGAUGUGCGUGCAUUACGAAACGAGCUGAAGAAAGCCGAGGCCGCUUUGAAGAGAAGUAAGACUAAGGAUUAUUACAAGAUCCUGGGUCUUCAACGAAAUUGCACUGAGAUAGAGAUCAAGAAGGCGUACAGGAGGGAGAGCUUGAAGCAUCAUCCGGACAAGGGAGGUGACGAAGAGAAAUUCAAACUUGUUGUCGAAGCUCAUGCGGUCCUUUCUGAUCCCGCCCGUCGGGAACGUUAUGACAUGGGUGACGACGAGGACGGUAUGAACAACGGUGGUGGUAUGGGUGGUAUGCACGGAAUGUCACAAGCCGAUAUUGCUUCACUCUUCGCACAGUUUGGGGGUGGUGGCUUUGAUGGAAGACAUCCUGGCGGGUUCUCGUUCAGCUUUGGUUGAGGAACACGUUGAGGUACUUUCGGUCACACCCUUGGAUGUCACCACACUUGGUCGAGUGGGCACUGUAGAUUGCUGGUCAAUUGGUUGACGUCGGUUCCCUGAGCUGUAGAGGUGUGCAAGCCCGCCUUCCGACUUUCUCGGUGGGAGGAAUGAAUGGCAAAAACAUUGUCACCCUGAAGCCGAUUAUUGAGGAACGCCGGGAUACUUACAUGGUCUUGUUCAUUACUAUACCAUUAUACACAAUAAUUUUCUUUUUCACGCACUC